UCACUGAUCACACCACUUGUCUUUACCCGAGCUAGCGAUGCGCUUCCCGCCUCGUCUGUGAAAAAUCCUCCCGCGAUUACCCCUCGCUCCGGCGGACAGCCAGUACUGUAGCAUCUCCAUCGAUGGACGGCAGCCUACGCACGCUGUCUCCGGCCAGCUUCACGGGGGAAGUGCGCUCCGCCGUUUCGUCUCUGCUUCUGUCCCCGGGCGGCGCCAGCGCGCUCGACACCGUCUUCUCCCACCUCCCGCCCCCGGUCACCAUCCCGCCGCUCGGCUCCAGCGUCUACUACCGCCAGUGCGAGCUCCUCCGCUCCUUCGCAGCCACGCAGCCGCACCCGCAACACCAGCACCAUGCCGCCGCCGCAACCUCGUCCUCCUCCUCGGCCUCGAGCUUUCCUUUUCCUGGCACGGGGCUCGACAUGGGAGGAGCAGAGGCGGCGAGCUUGCGGUCGACGAAGACGUACCGCGGCGUGCGGCAGCGGCAGUGGGGCAAGUGGGUGGCGGAGAUCCGGCUGCCGCAGAACCGGGUGCGCGUCUGGCUCGGCACCUACGACUCGCCCGAGACCGCCGCGCACGCCUACGACCGCGCGGCAUACAGGCUCCGCGGCGAGUACGCGCGCCUCAACUUCCCCGGCGUCAUGGACUGCGCCCGCGACGACGGCUGCCCCGACGCCCUCCGGCCCCUCCGCGACGCCGUCGACGCCAAGAUCCAGGCCAUCCGAGUCAAGAUGGCCCGCAAGCGCGCCCGCGCCAGGCGUCUGCGCGAGGAGAGCAAGCAGAGCAGCCAGAGCGCAGACGCCGAGUCCGCCCAGCUUCCUCCGACUGCCGCUGCCCGCCCCGUCCUCUCGGAGAGCGCCGCGACGUCGGAGACGACAACUACGACCACGACGUCGUCGUACGGGUCGCCGGAGGGGGCGUUCUCCGCGGCUGACGCCGAGUGCUCGCUGGAGAAGAUGCCGUCCUUCGACCCGGAGCUGAUAUGGGAGAUGCUUAACUUCUAGCUGGUUGAUGUAGAAAUAGAGCUAGAUGGAAUCGAACCAUGGACGGACACUGAAGCCAAACGACAUGGUUGCGGUGUUCGCGAGCUCGAUCAUAGGAUUUGUAGGUAGCAGGUGAUGGAUUUUUCAUCUGUGAGAAACAGAGGAUACAGGUAACCCAUUUACAACAGCAAGGAUAUACUAUGUAGUAUGACUGUAUGAGCAAUAAAAAUACCCAGAAAAAUUGGGCGAC